AUGGAGUUAGCUUGCAGUUUUUCUUUAGAUUUUUGCAGUCAACCAAUAAAGGUAGAUAAACUUCAGUCUGGUGUUUAUUUGCAGGAAAUGUUCGUACGUAACGAAACACAUCUGGUUUGUUGUUACCUGCGAAGAAGAAAAAAUGAAGUCUUAGAUAUUUUGACCACGCGUCUUUCACAAAGUCCGGAAGUUUAA